UCGACGCUAUUUUGCACAAGAUGACCGUUUCGCCUCGCGGAACUUAAUGUCCCGUAUAAGCCGCACACCUGCCGAAUGACUAUUAUUCGUACUUAAAUGUUCCUUCAGGACACACUCUAGUACACUGUUGAAUGGCGUUGUUAGUGAAAACGCUACAGAGAAUACUAGGAUUUUCAUCAUCAAGACUUGCAGGCACAGAUCUCUAUGGUAACAAGUACUAUGAAGUUUCUGCUACAGAAAAUAGUCGAGGAAAGAGAUAUAUGAAACCAGCAGGAGUCCUCAAGGCUCACCAGUACACAAAUGACGCAAUACCUGUUCAGUGGGAAAGGUGGCUCCGUUGGCUCCGGGAGGAUCCACCUUUGCAUGAGGAACUGAAGUGGGGAAACGAGCGUUUAGGAAAAGUUCGGAAGAAAGCAAGAGACAUUGAACAAAAGGAUCAGCAGCUGAGAGAGCAAGAAAUUGAAGACGGUAUUACUGCAGCUGUACGGAAUGUGAAAGGUACAAGUAGCAAAGCAACUCCUUUAGUUUCAUCAAGAAAUUCGUCUGAAGAACAAACAAGUGACGUAAAGAGUUUUGAACCAGAUUCGUGGCAUCCAGGGCCAUAAAAGCACUUUACAGUAUGACGUAGAGUUUUGAACCAGAUUCGUGGCAUCCAGGGCCAUAAAAGCAAUUUACAGUAAUAGGCUUAAUAAAGCAAACUAGAUUCAGA